UUAUGUGUAAAGUGAAUGUCAAUUACAUUAAAACAAGCAAAUGAUAUACUUUGCCUCAUCUGCGAAGCCAAUGCAACGAUGGCUGAAAGAGAAAUCAUUACUGAACGACAGUUUAACUUCCAAAGCGUGCAACUCUUUAAGACUGAUACCCUUGGUACUGGCUCUUAUGGAGCAGUGUGUAAAGCCAAGUGUGACCAACUACUCUGUGCUGCCAAGCUACUCAAUCCAGUGCUUUUCCAAAUGCAAGCACACUUGAACAAUGAGCACAUACAACCAUUUCUACGCUUCGAAACAGAAUGUCGAUUCCUAAGUCUCAUCAACCACCCCAACAUCAUUCAAUACCUUGGAACCUACCAGGAUCCCGACACAAAUGCACCAGUUCUUCUCAUGGAGCUUAUGGACGAGAGUUUGACACACUUCCUGGAGUCAUCACCUGGAGACAUUACCUAUUACAUUCAAGUAAACCUCUCCUAUGACAUAGCCCAAGCACUUGCCUUUCUCCACUCCAAUGGCAUCAUCCAUCGCGACCUCUCUAGCAACAAUGUCCUACUAGCAGGUAGUCGAGCUAAAGUGAGUGAUUUCGGAAUGUCAAGGUUCACAACUACACAUAUGACCAAGUGCCCAGGAACACCAGCCUACAUGUCGCCCGAGGCCCUAAAUGAACCACCUCUCUACACGGAGAGGCUAGAUAGCUUUUGUUUGGGUGUUUUGAUCGUGCAGAUUGCUACUAGGCUACCACCCAGCCCUACAAAUCGAUUUGAACUCAUUGAACUGCCAAAUUCACAAGAACUCUCACAGAAAGUCAUUGCUCAAGUUCCCAUAUCCGAAGUACAGCGGAGACAUGACCACAUCGACCUCAUUGGCACCACCCACCCCCUGUUGCAUAUUGCUUUAGACUGUCUCCAAGAUCAUGAAACUGAUAGGCCAACAUCACAAGAAAUAUGUCAAGCUCUGUCUGAUAUUAGAGGGUCAAUUUCAUGUAAAACAUCAAUUUCAUGUAAAACAUUAGUACAGACUAGUAUUUCUCCAAGUGUUGACCACAUGAUUGUUCAGUUACAGCAGCAAAUUAAAGAAAAAGACAUGAAGAUCCUAGAAAAAGACAGGCUAAUGCAAACAAAGGAUGAUUUACUGAAAAUACUCGAAGUGGAGAUGCUCGCCUUUGUCAGAGAAUUGCAAGAAGUUGAUGUUCAACUUAGAACAACUGAGGAAAAACUACAAGGUAUAAGCAAUCAACUUCAGGCUCAUAAUGUUGAAGUACAAGCUGGAAUUGAGAAAUUACAAACAAUGUAUGUAGACCUAAAAGCUACCGAAGUUGAAUUACAAAAGAAGGAUGACUAUAUUGCUGAAACAGAAGCUAAAAUUCUCACAAAGCAAAGCGAUCUUGAAGCAAAAUGUGCUAAUCAGGAAGUGGAAGCUCCUGCUCUUCUUAUCAAGAAAAAGAAUCGAGCGAUCACCACAGCUAAGUUUGAGACCAAAAUUGUAAUUGCUCCAAAAAUUCCAAGCAAAGAACCACCAUCAGUUAGAACACAAACACAGCAAACAGCUUAUCACAAACAGAUUCUCGUACCACCAAAGCCCUAUGCAUCGCACACCCCCGCUGCCAAAAAGAAGCUGUCUUUAACCUGGAAACUUCUGCCUGAUGCUUUAUGCAGUAUUUCUGCUGGGUCAUCUGCUGUCCUCGGUAACAGGGCUUAUUUCAUGUCUCGAAGUAGCAAUGCUGUUUUCAAAUUUGACUACAAGAGCAAGACAUGGUCAGAAAUGCCUCAAAUUCCUGUCAGUGAUGUCGCAAUUGUGAGCGUGGCUCGUUUUCUCACCUCUGUAGGGGGUUGGUGCUCAGACAGUGAGAGUAACAAACUGUACAGCUUCAUAGAUGGUAACUGGACCGAAUAUUUCCCACCAAUGCCAACCAAACGUAGGCAUCCUGCAGCCGUGUGUGCUAACACAUUUUUGAUAGUAGCUGGAGGCACUUUGGCAACAACAAACCUCUCGACAGUCGAGGUUUUCAACACUCGUACAUACCAUUGGUCUGUUGUGUCUUCCCUCCCGUUUCCGAUGGGUCAACCUUCAGCUGUUGUGUUGAAGGACUCUGUGUUUAUAGUAGAUGGCGAUAGAGUCGCUAAAAAAGAACAGCAUUCGGUAAUUUGUUCAUCUGUUUCUACACUCGCCUCUUCAUUAUCUUGCCAUUUUGUUUGGAAAAGAAUUUCCAAGCUUCCACUGUGUCAGUCAACUUUAGCCACUCUUGAUGGGCACCUAUUUGCUUUUGGAGGUUGGAGCUCUGAAAAUUCAGCCGCUAGUGAUGUGUACAGACUUAAUAAAGCAAUUAACUUGUGGGAUUUUGUUGGACAUAUGUCGACUGGUCGGUGUAAUUGCCUAACAGCUACACUUCCUGGUGAGAGGGUGAUGGUGGUGGGUUCGUGUGUGGAGAAAGAGUCAACUUUGGCUGAAACUGCUCAUCUGUGACUUCGUUAUGGUUAAUAAUAUGAUUGUGUGCUAAUCUGAAGAUUUUUUGAGUUGAUGUUCUGUCACGAAACUAUGAUAGUAUAGGCAUUACUAGUACACAUUUAGCUGAUGCAUUGUAGUUAUUUCGUACUACUGUACAUGAUGUUGUGUCAUAAUUAUGUCUACAUGCAGCUACUUUUGUGAAUGAGCCAAAUCUUAAUCAGCACCCUUUGCAAAGAUUGUGUCAUUACCAGUACCAGUUUAGAUUUUGUGAUUUUAUUUUUGCGAAGUGAUUAACACUUGUGUAUUUCUAAGUUAUGUAUAUAGUUUAUAACGCACUAGCUAUAUAGCAGUCUCCUCACAGUACAUGUAUUUGUGAUCAAUUGACA